GACCGUGGUUGAUGAUGUUUUCUAUGACCAGGUGAGGGACACCUGCCAUCUUCCUCAUUCCUCCCCACCCCCACCCACUGUCUGAGCCCUUGAACAGAAGGGAGGCGCAGCUCUCCCUGCUACCAGGACACACAGCCUUCCACCUCUGGGGUUUUCCUGGCCAUGCUCCAUGCUCCCUGAAGCCUGGGGAAAGGAUCCUCCCAAUGGAGAAAUACCCUGAGUCCCAAGGUUUAUGAGUGGACACAUCAGUCUCCUAGAAGUCCUACAUCUAGAAAGAUACCUGCAGCAUUGGGUGGCACAUUGCUCUGUUUGUAUCCCAGGCAGUCUGAGAUUUGGGUGUGCCUCAACACACCUGGGGUGGGUCAUUAGCACAAACUUGGACUGGAACAUGUAUUUCCUCUUCAGACACUAUCAGAGCUGCCACAAAAAAACUCAUUGCCCCUGCAUCCUGAGGCCUCUUCAGCUUUGUGAUGAACGGGACGCUGGUCACUGAGUUCCUCAUCCUGGGAUUCUCAGAAAUGCCUCAUCUUCAGGUACCACUUUUCCUCAGCUUCCUCUGCCUCUACACAGCUGCCAUCUCAGGAAACCUUCUCAUUAUGGUGACAAUCAGUGCCAGCCCAGCCCUACAUACCCCCAUGUACUUUUUCCUGGUCAACUUGGCUGUGGUGGACAUCCUCUGUACCUCCACCAUCCUGCCCAAGCUACUGGACAGCAUGGUCGGGGGGAGGACCAUCUCUUAUGGGGGCUGCAUGGCCCAGCUCUUCUUCUUCACAUGGUCACUGGGGGCAGAGCUUCUGCUCUUCUCAGCUAUGGCCUAUGACCGCUUUGUGGCCAUCUGCUGUCCCCUGCACUAUAGUGCCUGGAUGGGCCCCAGGGUGUGUGCAUUCCUGGCUGGCCUUGUCUGGGCCAUCAGCCUGACGAACACCAGCGUGCACACAAGCCUGAUGCUGCGUCUACCAUUCUGCAGCUCCAAUGUGAUAGAGCACUUUUUCUGUGAGAUCCCCCCACUAUUGAAGCUCUCCUGUGCUCCCACACAGCUGAAUGAAGCCAUGGCCUUUGCUGCAGACGUGUUUCUGGCUGUAGGGAACUUCUCUGUGACCAUCCUCUCCUAUGGCUUUAUUGUGGCCAGCAUCCUGAGGAUUCGCUCUGCUGAGGGCAAGCAGCGUGCUUUUUCCACCUGCUCUGCACACCUCAUCGUGGUUACCAUGUACUACUCCACUGUCAUCUACACCUACAUCCGCCCUUCAUCCAGCUACUCACUCAACAAGGACAAGGUGGUGUCUGUCAUCUACACCUCGGUGGCACCCACCUUGAACCCCCUCAUCUACACUCUGAGGAACAAGGAUGUCAAAGUUGCUCUUAGGAGACUUCUGUCCUGCUGCUGAGCCCAUGCCGACACCACUGCCUUCAGCUCUGCUCUACUGGGGGGUCACAGGUUUGGUAGAGGUCCCUGUUCCUUUUCCUGAGGACACACCUGCCAAACCAGAAGGGGCAAUUCUUUGACUGUUUCACUUCACAGAGAAGUCCUGGGACCUGCACAUGAUACCCUGUAGGAUCAUAGCGUUUCCAUGAGACUAUGAACAUCAACAGUUAAAUGAAUCCUCCAAAAUAUCAAAUGUGGGUGUGGCCUAUUCCUGCUGCAGUCACAUGAGCCAGGAGCCUUGGGUCGACACUGCUGUGUGCCCCUUUCUCUUUCUACCCCAAAAGCUACUCAGCCUUGGUUGUGGCUGGCAUACAGGUAGGGAACCUGAAAAUGCAAAGGGGCCUGGUCAUUUGAGGAUAAUUGAUCUUCCUUGUUAGUGAAAUAUCUGAACAAUUAAUUUCCUUCCACUUUUUAGUAUACCUCUGAAAGAGAUUUUUCAGGGAGACUCUUGUCGUGCUGUGGGCAUGCUGUGACAUUGUGUGAUGAGAGAAGGCCUGCCUUUGCCUUCCAUCCUGUCCAAUGUGAACCACCAAAGCUAGUCAGCAGCUUCCCUGUCAACGCUACCACUCACCCAGGAGGGCUUCAGCAGCAGACAGUUUGCUAGCAGCAAGAGGUUUCAUGGAGUCCUGGGCCUUACCAUUCCCACUGUGGAGAAAUCUAGCUGGACUGGUGUAUGCUUGGGAGCUUGCUGGUUUGUAGGGUGUGGCCAGAAAGGGAACUAUGAGAGGGAACGUAGCUGUUGUCCUUCGGGGGCUGCUGACUUUUGGAGCAAAUCCAGAGACCUUUGAUGCAAAUCUUCACUUCUGGCCUGGGCUGUCUCAAGAUCAUGGACUAACUCUGGUGGCCUUUUGACCCCUCUGUCUGCUCCUGGUUGACCUGUGUUCCUUCCAAUGGUUGGUUUUUAUUUCUCCUUUCAAUGCUGAUUCAAUUAAUUAGUUAAUUUUUGAAAAUUUAUUUUCAAGUUGACACAUGUGUAUAGUAUUUUUAUCAUUUCCCCUCCUCCUUUCAACCCUUCCUAUGUCCUCCUACUUCCUUUCAACUUCAUGGUCCCUUUUUCUUGAUUAUUAUCAUUGUUACAUAUAUAUGAAUAAAUAUGUAAGUACGACUUGUUUGGCAUUAAUGUUUCUGAUAUUUAUAUGCGUUUAGAGCUGACCUCUUGGUCCUGGAUAACCAAUUAUGGGUCUACUCCAUGGAGAGGUGCUAUGGGAUGUUCUGUAUGCUGUGAAUGUGUUGCUCUGAUUGGUUGAUAAAUAAAAAGCUGAUUGGCUAGUAGCCAGGCAAGAAGUAUAGGUGGGAUAAACAGAGAGGAGAAUUCUGGGAAGGCUGAGACACCAGCCUGCCAUCCAGGGAGCAUGUAAUGGCACACAGGUAAAGCCACAGGCCACGUGGCAACAUAUAGAUUAACAGAAAUGGGCUGAGUUUAAGUGUAAGAGCUAGUCAGUAUUUAGCCUGAGCUAAUGGCCAAGCAGUUUUAACUAUUAUAAGCUUCUGAGUGAUUAUUUUAUAAGCAGCUGCCAACUGCAGGGCCAGGCAGGACCUGAGGAAAACUUUUAACUACAGGGAAGACUGAUUCUCCCUCUCAGAAGUCACUAACUGCCUAUAGCUCUUCAGACUUCCAUUUUCCAUGUUAGCAUGUCAACUGGUGCUGUCAUUGUUCAGGUCUUGUUUAAAUAACCAUAUUCUUGAGGGCUUGUAAAUACAGCUCCCCUGUCCUAUAUAGAUGACAUAGUUUUGCAGCAGAUACCUUGGUCCUCUGGGACAUAAUUUUUCCACUUUCUCUUCUUUGAUGUUCCUCUAGACUUAGGUGUGGGGUUGUGUUAUAGAUGUAUCCACUAGGACUGAGCACUUCACAGUCAGUUGUAACUUUCUGAGUUGGCCUCUCUCUGCUUCAAAAAAGAAGCUUUGAUGAGGGGUGAGAGCUACACACAUCUGUGAGUAUAAAGAUAAGUGUGGGAAUGCAGUUAGAGUUUAUAUUGGUUUGGGAAAGUGGCAGUGGAAGGUUCUCCUCUAUGUCUGUGACCUGUCCAACCACAGGUAGUUGGCUGGGUUUACAGUAUCAGGCAUGAAUUCUGUCCGAGUGAGCUAUAAGUCCAAUCAGACAACUGUUGGUUACUGCCAAGAUGUAAUUGUACUGUAGAUGUAACCAACCUUCUUAUUAAAUAAGAAACACAGAACCAAUGCAAAGAAGAAAGCCAAGAGGUCAGAGCUAAGAGCUAAAACCUUACCCUUCCUCCUGCAGUGGUCCUACCUCUCUGAACUAGCUACCCCUGUGUUAAAGUCUUUAUAUAAUGUUCCUGUUCUGCCUUCUCAUUGGUUGUAAACCCAACCACAUGACCGCCUCGUCACGGCCUGUCUGUAUAGGCCUCCAGGUUUUCCUUGCUUGGUAUUGAGAUUAAAGGCAUGUGUGUCCAAUAAUGGCUGUAUCCCUGAACACACAGAGACUUACCCAGCUCUGCCUACCAAGUGCUGGGAUUACAAGUGUACGCCACCACUGCCCUGCUUUCCUAUGGCUUGCUAAUAGCUCUGACCCCCAGGCAACUUUAUUUAUUAACAUACAAAUAACAUUUUAAUACAAAUAAAAUAUCACCAUAUUGUACCUUUAGGACUAUCUUGUCAUGCUGCUUAUUGUUGUGGUUCGUAGGUACCACAGUGGGAAAGAUACUGAUCGCUUUUCUUCCUUGGCAGCCUGUAUAUCACCUUCUGGUACUAUGAAUGUUAGUCCUCAUGGAGGAGGCUUCUGGGUGAGAUACAACUGGAUCCCUCCAAAUCUUGUAUCUGAUGAUGUCUUCAUCCGUAGGGACUUACCCUCCAAUUCUGAGAGGCAACCCAGGGCAACAGCAACAGCCCAUAGUGUUUUGGAAGAUGCUUAGAAUGCCCUGCCUGGCAACUCAAAAAUUUUCCUGAACAUGGAACUGUUGUUUGUUAGAUAGUCAUCAGCUCUUGGAAAGACAUUAUUAACAUCCCACCUGGUAUAAGUCCAUUUAAACUCUAUAUCAAAUAUAUAGCUUCAAAUAUCCUAAGUUCUAUUUAUUCCUCCUCCCUGUCUCUCCCUCUGUAAUGCCUUUCCUCUGCCUUGUACACUUAAAGACAUCCUCCCACAAUUUUGUUUAUUCUCUUCAUGCAGAUUAUUGGCUUUUGUUAGCAAAACAAUGUCUUGUUCUUCUUAUUUCUGCUCUAGGCACAGGGCAGGUACCCAGAAUACAUCAAGGGACUGCCACAAUAAACAAGGGACAUAAUGAUUAUUUCCACCAAUUAGAUCAUUACACAUAAAUUUGGAAGAGCCAGUCAGAUAAUCGAAGGAACAAUUCAUUAUUUUUUUCUUUAAUUUGUGUCGUCAUGUUUCUGUGGAAAGUGUGAAGGUGUUUUUGAAUGGUACUGAUGGAAGAAUUUGGAAUUUGAACUUGGAGUCUCUGAAGUUUGUGAAAGACACCUAUGGGCGUUUUGUCAGUGGAGACUUGAUGAGACUAGUCUGGGGGCAUCGAGAGUUUAGACUUCUAAGGAUGCUGCUGUGCCUGAUCUUGGUGGGAAAGAAACCACAGGAAGUGCUUUCAGAGGUAAUUCUGAAUAUAGAAGUCUGUUAGGAUGUGGUCCCUACAAUAUCAGGUCUUGAGGAGGCACUCUGCUAGGGUGUGUAUCCAUGCCAAGCAUGGGGACGCAGCUCAGGGAUCCCCAAGAGGCAUACACUUGUAACUCCUGGUUUCAUUGCUUUUCACUUUGUCAUCCCCUGAGUAACACAGGACAUUUUCAUUACAAGUACGUGCUAUAGUCUAGUGAAAUUAGAAAACAUAGCUAUGUGUGCAGGAGAAAUUGGAAAAUAUCUGCAAUUGCGUAUGGAUACAGCCCUUGUGUAUGUUCCCCUCUCAGUCCUUUUUAUGUUAUGAUCAUCUGCUGUUUUUAAAGUUCUAUGUUGUGGGGUUCAUGUAGGUGAUCUGCAAUGGCUAAUAUUCUACAGGACAGGUAGGUUUAGGAGAGAAGAUACUGGCUUGAUCUUUCAUAAUGUUGGUAAUUUUGUGAUGAGAUAUUGGCAUAUGGACUUGUUUUGCUAGUUCUGAUUGAGCAAAAGAGAAGAUAGACAGGCAAGUUUGGCCUAGGCAUCAGAAAUGGCUUGGGUAGAAUGAAGUCAGGUGGACAGAGGGCACCGACUUGAUGUAUUGAAUGUGCUUUUUGAUCUA